AUGAAAGUUGCCAUCUCUGGACCCGGCGGUAUCGCUCGCUACCUCAUCGAUGAACUCCCAAAACAAGGUCACGAAAUCGUUGUUAUAACCCGCUCCUCCAAAGCCUUCCUCGAUGAACUUGGGGUCUCUCAGCGCGUUACAGACUAUUCUGUGGAAGACCUCGAGAUUCACCUCCAUGACUGCGAUGCAGUCAUUUGUGCCAUCAAAGACGGUACUCCCGGUUUUACACCUUGUCAACUGGCUCUGAUCGACGCCUGCAAGCUCUCUCCAAGAUGCAAGCGUUUCAUCCCGUCCGUUUGGGGUGGCAAUGUCGAGGACGUCCCAGACCAGCCAAUCGCUACUGGAAACUCACUUGCGCCCAUCCUGGACGCCCUUCGAAGCCAAGACGACAUCAAAUGGACGUGCUUUUGCCAAGGCUGGAUGUCCGACUAUCUUCUUCCCUCGAAUCAGCGGUACUUCCACGACCUUGGCGAAUACUGGGUCCAGGACUAUGACAACAAGGUCUUCACCCUCUAUGGAAGAGGCACCCAGACUGUCGAUUUCACUUCCGGAAGGGACACGGCCAGAGCGGUUUCCGUCUUGCUCAACCAUGACCCCAACGACUGGGAGCCCUUCACAUGCAUCUCCGGCGCCCAAACAACUUGGUACGGGCUGUGGGAAUUUGUCAAGAGCCGCGAUCCCGAGUGGACGCUCAAAUCAAAAUCCCUCGCGCAGAGCAUCAAGCAACUCAUGGCGGGGCAGGGUGAGACGAGUCUUGUGGCGGCGAUGUACGAAAUCAUGGGCCACAGCGAAGCGUUGUUUUUUCCAGCGGGAAAAGUGGAAAGGCACAGGGAGAAGUACUUUAAGGGUCUGAAAUUUAGGGGGCUUGAGGAAUUAUUGGAGGAAGCCGCUGACAAGCCCGGAGUCGUAGUCUAG